AUGAUGACAUACGGAUACGACCAUUUUAAUGCUGAACCAAUCAUGCUUCGUCAUUCAUCGUCGCUGGCGACGGCAGAUGACAAGAUGUUUGAUAUUUACGCUGCGGAUCAGUACUUUGAUCGAUUCGAAGACGACCAAGGCAUUAUUGUGCCACAGCAUCUCGAACCUGAACAAGCGAGCUAUGAGUUCCCAUCACGGUCGACGCUUGAACAUCUUGCGACAUUCCUCAAUGACAAUGACGAUAACAUGUUUGAUGAGUCACCUCUUGGAUCAACAACGUACUCGGAUGAUGAAGAUUCUGGUCUCGCAGGCGAUGAUCAGUUUGAUUCGUUUAUUGGUUCAAUUGUAUCUGCAUACACCAACGAGAAACGACAACGAUGCACCAAAGUCAAUCACAUGGCUAAAGAGGCUGCCCCUGGCUGUAGUCAUAAGAUGCUGCAACAACGCACCAACCACCACAACAAGCUCGUCAACAAUAAACCAGUAUCCAUGUCAUCCGACAACGAUGACGACUCUCUUGUGGAUGAUGAUGAGGAUGAUGAGAUGAACAUGUUGGUGGAUGAUAGCCGAUUGUCACCUCUUCAAAUUCCACCAGUCGCUCGAUGCGUAUCCUCUUCAAGCUUCCUUUCUUCUUCUUCAGCGUAUUCGUUGCAACGUAAUGAUGGCGUGGUAGCACCUUGUUCGUUUCUUUGCCAUGAAGAUCUUGUGUACCCCAAAAAUCGGGCAUCAGUGUCACCUUACCAUGGUAUGCUGGGCGCUGAGGACCAUCAUCAACAACAACACCUUGACCUGCCCGUGUUUCGUAAUGAAUCAGAGCCCAUAAUGGACGACGAUGACAGCAAUCCUGAUACACCAGCAAAAACUAUCACUCUCAAGCUACGCAAAUCACUGGACACUCGUUAUCGUCGACCUACUUGUCCCAUCAGUGACGAAGGCUAUGCCGAUGACGAUGACGACGACCAUGUUGAUGUUGGUGGCGACUACUCUGACAAUGAGCCUCCUUUGGAAUCUGAAAUGGUGUUCCUUCCACUAUCAGCUGAGGAGCAGCAGCAUAUGGUUGAAGAGGAUGUGCUACGCACCACGGCAGCAACACGUAUCCAGGCAGUAUGGCGUGGUUACCGUGCCAAGAAGCAACUUGCAGCAUCCUCUAGCACGUUGCCAUCAUCUCACCGUUUAAUUGUGGAUCUGGCGCGUAUAUGCAAUGCCAUGCAUCAAAAGCAGAUGAAUACCAUGCAUAGUAGAAUGGAUGAACUGGAGCAGCAACUUGAAGAAGAACGAGCCAUGCGUAUUGCUUUUGAGAAGGCUGUUGAAGAUAUGACCAUCAUGGUUGACCAGCAACAAAACAUGUUGUAUGAUCGUCUCGAGCAACAACGUAUGGAAUACGAGGCCAAGGUUGCCAAGAUGGAAACUCGUUUACGAAAGGAAACCAAGGCAAGAAUGGAAAUGGAGCAAUCAAUGACACACGUCGUUAAACAGGUGCAGGAUAUGCACGCUGCACAACAACGCCGUGCCAAGGAAGACGCAGAGCAUCAAAAGAACUUGCAACGUAAACUCAAUGACGCACUCUAUGAAAUCAAUCAACUCAAAGCAUCAUCGACCACUACCACAACAUCAACAACAUCCACUACUUCAUCAUCACGUACAACAACUUCCACCACCACCACUCCACGUCGUCGUACUAUGGUACCAAAUGCAUCCGGAGCCGCAUCCGUUAAAGCAUCCGGAACUGGUGCACGACAACAACCACGAUCCUCAAUAGCACCACGUCCUUCUCAUCAACCAGCAACAAAAGCUACUCCUCCUCGACUUAGCUCCCGUCCUUCAAUUACGCCACGACCAUCCUCUGCAUUGCGAACUUCUCAACAUAAAACAACCACAACAACUACUACUUCAUCCGCCAACAACAAACGCACAAUGACAAUGACAGCUGUUCGAAACAGUACGUUGCCACGGUGA